UGAGCGGCGCCGCCUCAGUGGCGGCGGGCGGGGGCGGCAGUCAGCGGCGGCCCGCUCCCCCGUCCGCCGCCCGUCCGCGCUGCGGCCGCCAGCCGCCAUGGGCGACGGCCAGCUGCGGCGCCGGCGGCUGCUGCCACUGCUGCUGCUCGUCGCCGCCUCCUGCACCACCGGCCAGGCCCAGUCAGGCGGCGGCCGGCCGGCGGACCUGCUACGGUCAUCCGGUCUCAGUUCGGGCCAGGUAGCCGUACGGCGGACGGUGGGUCGGUGCGAUCGGCGACCCCACAGGGACGGCGGCACGGCGCCAGACUCGGCAGUCACCCUGCCGGCCGCCACCGUGCCCAGCGUACCCACCAACAAAGUACUCGGCAAGUUUCCGCUGGACUUUUCUCUACUAGCGACUGUUCGGCCAGAGUCCGGUACGACAGGCGCACUGCUGGCUGUCUACAACGACAAUGGAGAGGACCAGCUGAUAGUCACCGUCGGUGAUACGAUAGAGCUGAAAAUUGUCGCCAGCCGGACAAAGAAGGGACCCAAGAUACAAACCGUUACAUUCCCCGUCAAAAUCAACGACGGAAAAUGGCACCGUCUCUCGAUAGCCGUGAAGGGCAACUCUGCGUCGCUGUUCGUCGACUGCUCCCAGCAGUCCACACAGGCGCUGGAGCGGGACGAAAAGUCCCGGAUCAGCCGGCGCGGAGUAACCAUCGUCGGCCAGGACCUGCUGGCCAGUCACGUGUUCAAGGGCGACAUCCAGGACUUGGUUCUCGUGCCGUCACCAUCGGCCGCGUACGACCAGUGCUCUAAGUGGUCGCCCAACUGUGACACCCCGCUGCCGCUCAAAGAGAAACCGCAGGCGCAGGAGCCCGACUACGGCGACGAAGAUUAUGACGGCUAUGAGUACACCUACGGAGAGGACUACGGACCUGAAGAUAUCUACGAUUAUGAUUCGAGAGGCAGUGAUAUCCCGCCGGACGACUUCGACCCUGCUCAGCCGGACGGGGGCGGACCGCCUCCGUUCGACUACGAUACAGACCGUCCCUCCCCGGAGCUGCCUCCGACCCCGGCCGUCGGGGAGACACCGCCACCGGAGCCUGUCCCCGUGCCAGACCCCGACUACAGCGUCCCAACUGCCGACUACGAGGACAGGACACCGGAUGCCGCGGAGCCGCCGCCAGACUACGACGACCCGCCGCCGAAGUUCCCGCCGCCGACAGAGGCGCCUCUGCCCACCCCGGUCCCUGACGGCGGGUUUGGCCUGUCGCCGGAGUCUGGUCCGGAGCUAGAGGGACCCCUGCCACCAGAGGCGGCACCCACGGCCCGCCCCGAGUCCCCGGAGAGAGAGGAGGACAGCAGUGAGGAGCAAGAGGAGGAGGAUGAGAGGGAGUACGAGGGCCACUACCCGGCGACGUACCAGGGACCGCGCGGCGCGCCCGGUCCGCCCGGACCCAUGGGACCGCCCGGGGACCACGGUCUGGACGGACCGCCCGGUCUGGACGGACCACAGGGACCGCCCGGCAGCGUCUUCAUGAUACCGAUUAAUCAGCACGUGGGCGGACCCAAGGGCCCGGACAACAUGGCCAGCUCCAUGCGACUGAUGUUGGACCAGCACAUGCAGGCGAUGCAGGGAGCGCAGGGGCCUCAGGGCCUCACCGGCGGACCGGGGCCCCAGGGUCCGCCCGGCCCGGACGGGGUCAAGGGCGAGGCUGGCGAACAGGGAGAGCCGGGCAUGCGGGGCCGUCGCGGCCCGGAGGGUCUGCCCGGCCGGUCCGGCAGGAGGGGCCAGCCGGGGAAGGACGGAGAACGUGGUCUGUCUGGUCCCCCUGGAGAGAAGGGCGACCAGGGACUCCGCGGACUGCCUGGUCUGUCCGGCGAGAAGGGCCACCGUGGCCGGCGCGGUAAGCGCGGAGACCGCGGCUCUCCCGGUAUGGACGGCUCCCGCGGCGAGCCGGGCAUCCACGGGCCGCCGGGCAUCCCUGGAGAGAUGGGUCCGCGCGGCUUCCCCGGCCCUCGCGGCUUUGGCGGCCUGCCCGGCAGCCCGGGCAUCCCCGGCUCCGAGGGCCCGCCCGGCCUCAAAGGCAGCGUGGGCGCUCCGGGUCAGGCGGGCCCGCCGGGACUGGUGGGGCCGCCCGGAGCCCCCGGAGCCACCGGGCCUGUGGGCGCCGUCGGACCCACUGGACCCACGGGCCCGGAGGGCAAGCAGGGUCUGCCCGGCCUGCCGGGCGCCGAGGGCAGCCCCGGCCGGCCCGGCACCCCCGGCGCUCCCGGCCAGAAGGGAGAGCGAGGAGUGGCAGGACCCCAGGGCACGAUCGGUUUCCCGGGCCCUCGCGGCAGUAAGGGAGAUCACGGCAAGCGCGGCACGGUCGGAGACAAGGGAGAGAAGGGAGACGCCGGCCUGGAGGGGGAGAAGGGAGACAUGGGCGUCAAGGGAGAGCGGGGAGAGCCCGGCCCGCAGGGAGUCGUCGGACUGGAGGGGCCGCAGGGCGCCAAGGGUUUCGAGGGCCCGCGCGGAGAAGUGGGCGCCAUCGGUCCGACGGGCCACAAGGGCAAACGGGGCCCGGUCGGCUUCCCAGGCUUCCCCGGUCUGACCGGCAGGAAAGGCAACAAGGGCGUGCGUGGCCAGCCGGGCCGACUGGGCGACAAGGGCGAGCGGGGUCCGGACGGCCUGCCCGGCGAGCGCGGGGAACGGGGACCUAGGGGUUUCCGCGGCUCGCGCGGUAAGACCGGCUCGCAGGGUCCGGUCGGUACCAAGGGAGACACUGGCCGACCGGGGCCGGCCGGGCCGCAGGGCGAACGCGGUGCUCCUGGGAAGGAGGGCCCGCGGGGAUUCGCCGGUCAGAUCGGCCGGCGAGGAGACCACGGAAAGGACGGCGUGGCCGGCCCGCCCGGCGGUCGCGGACAGCAGGGUGAGCCGGGUCCGCCGGGACCGGAGGGCUCAGCAGGCGUGGUCGGCCCGCCGGGCCCCACCGGCGAGCCGGGCGCCGCUGGGGAGCCCGGCGCCCCCGGCCUGCCCGGCCUGCCCGGCGAGAACGGUGCUGUCGGCGCCGCCGGGAAGGAGGGCCCGCCCGGCCCGCAGGGAUCGGCGGGCAAACCGGGCCCCACCGGCUCACCGGGCCUGCCCGGCUACCCGGGCGAGCGCGGCCUGCCCGGACUCACGGGUCUGCAAGGUAUGAAGGGCGACCGGGGGCCGGCCGGUGUCCAGGGAGUGCAGGGCGAAAAGGGUAAGACGGGCAUCCCCGGUGACCUGGGCCCUCCCGGACCGCCGGGACCGAGAGGCGAGACCGGCAACCAGGGACCGGCCGGAACCAAGGGAGAUCAGGGUCCGCCGGGCCUGACAGGUCCCACUGGACGGGACGGCCCGACCGGCCUCAGGGGCCUUCAGGGUCCCACGGGGCCUCAGGGCGCCCAGGGAGAGGACGGAGAAAAGGGAGAGGUUGGCUCACCUGGAGAGAAGGGUCACCAGGGACCCCGCGGAGAGCCGGGCCUGGCCGGCGCGCCUGGCCCCCACGGCGCUCGCGGCGAGCCCGGUCCCCCUGGCCCGCCCGGUGAACAGGGCCUGGCCGGAGACAUGGGCCGCCACGGCCGGAAGGGCGAGAUGGGACCGCAGGGCAAACAGGGCAUUCCCGGCGCCUCGGGCAAACCGGGCCUGCCCGGAGCGCCCGGCGAGCCGGGAGACAAGGGCGACGUCGGACGAAAAGGACCUGCCGGUCGUGCCGGUCUGCCCGGUGAAAAGGGCAAGGCCGGCGCGCCGGGCCGCGAGGGUCUGCCCGGUCCGCCGGGACCCGAGGGCCAGCAGGGCAUGAAGGGUGCCCCGGGCAGCGAUGGCCCGCCUGGACCGGUCGGUCUGGCUGGCCGGAACGGCGACAUGGGCCCGCCCGGUCAGAAGGGCGAGCAGGGUAACCGUGGAGCGCCGGGGGCCGUGGGCAGCCGCGGCCCGCCCGGACCCGUCGGCCCCAAGGGCAGCCCCGGCAACGAGGGCUUCCCCGGACCGCCCGGCGAGCCCGGCCUCAUGGGCGUCAAAGGAGAAGCCGGAGCGCUCGGAGAGGACGGCAAGGCCGGCGCACCGGGGCCGCCUGGCGAGCCGGGGCCACAGGGCGAACAGGGCAUACCAGGAGCCGUCGGACAGCCGAGUCCGGAGGGGCCAGCCGGUCCGGUCGGCAGUCAGGGCACCCCCGGCGAUAAGGGUGAUAAGGGCAUGCAGGGUCAGAUCGGCCGGCAGGGUCCUGUCGGACCGGCCGGCAUGCCCGGACCGCAGGGAACGUACGGACUGCGCGGAUCACCGGGAGCCGCCGGUGAGAGCGGUGCGCCGGGCACCCCUGGCGAGCCGGGCCCGCCUGGGCUGAAGGGAGAGACGGGCCCGGUGGGCCGCAGAGGCCGGCGCGGUCAGCGUGGCCAGAAGGGACACCGUGGCGACGUCGGCCUGCCCGGCAACGAGGGAGAUCAGGGAGAAAAGGGAGAGCCCGGCAUGGUCGGCCCGCCCGGACUGCCCGGCCUCAAGGGAGAUAUGGGACCUCGUGGCGACGACGGCGACAAGGGCCUGCUGGGGCCGCAGGGUCUGCCAGGGGUGGAGGGGCCGCAGGGCAGUAAGGGCCUCCAGGGCGUGGCGGGGAUGAAGGGCCGACAGGGCACGCCCGGCCCGCCCGGCCCCCCGGGCCCGCCCGGCGAGCAGCCCAUCGUACCGGCCGAGCUGUUCUACCAGGGACCGAGCAACUUCAAAGGACCCGAGGAGCGACGCAAACGAGAAAUCCCGGACAAGCUGGACAUGGGCAGCGAGUUCUCCAACAAGCUGCUCAGCAUGUACAGCAGCAUCUACUCGAUGCGCCAGGACAUCCAGCGCAUCGAGAAGCCAAUCGGCAGCCGCGACAACCCGAUCCGCACCUGUCGGGACCUGUACUUCGGACACCCGAACUACAAGAGCGACUGGUACUGGAUCGACCCCAACCUGGGCAUGCCCGACGACGCCAUCUAUGUCUUCUGCAACAUGACCUCUGCGGGAGGCGAGACGUGCAUCUACCCGGACGCGCACGCCAGCAAGAUGCCGAACAUCCCUUGGAGGAAGACCACAGAGCGCGCCAGCUGGUUCUCCACGCUGCGCGGCGGCUUCAAGAUCACGUACGAGUCGAUUGGUACGGUUCAGAUGACGUUCCUGCGCCUCCUGUCCGACACGGGACGUCAGAACUUCACCUACACCUGCAUCAACUCGGCCGCCUGGUACGACUCAACCACACUGAAUUACGAUAACAGCAUCCAGAUUUUGGGCUCAGGAAGCAGCAUAUUCAGCCACUCGGAAAAUCUGCGGAAAAUCAAAAUAGCAGAGGAUGAGUGCAAGGAGAAGCGCGGCCCGGGCCGGAUGGUUCUGGAGCUGCGCACCCGGCAGCUGAGUCAGUUGCCGAUCCUGGACUUCCUGCCGGCCGACUACGGCCUGCCCAGUCAGGCGUUCGGCUUCGAGGUGGGCCCGCUCUGCCUCAAGUGAGAGCGGACUCUGAGAGGAGGAGGAGGGAGGAGGUGCGGCUGCAGAACACAGGAGGAGGGAGGAGGUGCGGCUGCAGAACACAUCACACUCCAUUUACAUUGGGGAGGGAGGGAGGGAGGGAGGGGCGGGUCGCACCACUGCUCGCGUCGUGUGAGUGAGGCGGGCUGCGGUCCCGCUAACUGAACUGCCAUGCGACAGUGACCCGCGCGCACUAGGAUAAGGAUCGUCGACAUACAUGUGUUUGUUUAUGUUUUAUGUGUAUGAUUGUUAGAUAUUAUUUGCACAAGUACUGCCAUUUUGAUAAAACCAAUAAAAAUCACAAAAUGA